CUUUAAGGGGACCCGGAAGUGCUUAUUAAACCGGAACUACAGACUUCCCAAUGUGACCUACCUUGAAAACACUGUUAUGAUUUAAUGCUGUCAGUUUGUAGUAUAAAGCCUACGAAAUGUUUCUAACAGCCGCAAAUUUGGCCAAGGCUAAAUCAAAGACCGUCUUGGUGCAGAUGAUGAGCGCUGCAGGGACAGGCUUCUUCUUCAACACAAAGAGGGGCCGUCUCAAGGACAAAAUGGUGAUGCGCAAACAUGAUCCAUUUGUGAACAAGCACGUGCUAUUCUUCGAGAAGAGGAAGAUCAAAUCGAUUUAAUAAGCAGCCAAAAUAAAUGGACAACAUGAUCCUGCUCGAUUUAAACUGACUUUUUUUUAUUGACAUGGAUUACACAACAUUUUUCCUCAGUCCACAUUUCUGUUCUGCUGGAUCUCGUGUGAACAGAGGGUCUCCUAUGGGAUCUGUCAAAAGGCCUCCACCCCCCCACUUCACCAGUGACGCAAGCCUGGCUGAACAUCUUCAAGAAGGAACUACAACUCGUGUGUAAAAGUGAUGCCAUUAACCUGGGCUAUGCAGUAUCAUUGAUAACAGUUCAAUAAGGUUUUUAGGACCUUUACACGUAAGCCAAGUACCUGAAUCCAGCUGUUUGUGAAAUAUGAACUAUUUGGACAAAUUAAAUACAUUUAAUCGACUUUGUGUAUUACAAGCUAUGUGUUAAGAUGUUAAUCAAUUAUUAAACGGUUUAAAACUA